AUAGGAUGGGGCUGGCCAAAUUUGUUCCAUUCCUGAUCGUUGCUGUACUGACCGUGUUCAGUAUAUACGUACAUAGUCAAUCAUGUCCGGAUAAAAACGGUCGCUUUCCUGUUUCGGACGAAUGUGAUGCCUACAUAGAAUGCAUUGAAGGCAUUCCGGAGCGCAAACUGUGCCCCGAUGGUCUGCUGUUCAACGACAAAGCCGGACCAUUUGCCUACCCAUGCCAAUAUCCGAUCGAUGUGGACUGCACCGGACGUCCACGCACUCAGCCUGCGAUUCCGACCGAACAGUGUCCGCAUCAGUUCGGAUACUACAAAGUCGGAGACAGUUCCCAUUGUGGCCAGUUUAUGAACUGUGCCAACGGUAUGGGCUUCGUGCUGGAUUGCCCCUACGGGCUGGCCUUCAACAGCGCUACCUACCAGUGUGACUGGCCCGAUUUAGUCGCUGACUGCGAUGCAGAUGCCUACCUGGGAUUCUCCUGUCCACCGCAAGCGGACGGACUGAUUGCUCCCAUCCGUUUCUAUCGUGCUCCGGACAACUGUCAGAAGUACUUUAUCUGCGUGGAUGAUAGACCGCGGGUUAAUCUCUGUGGUCCAGACUAUGCCUUCAACGAGCUGAUCAAUGCCUGUGAUGGUAUCGAAAAUGUUACCGGUUGUGCAAUUUAAGCAGGAACUGCCAGCAGCAGCAGUUACCACCCACUCAAUACUCAAAACUAUAGUGUACAAUAAUAAUUUAGCCGAAUAGCUCUAGAAUAUGUAGGUUGUUUCUUAACCUACACAAAACCAGUCAGUCACUUUGUAUUUUUUUUUUAAUCAUAACUCACACUGGUCACUUUCACCGUACAGAAUUUUAAGCUCUUCAAAAAUAACUUCUUCAACAAACUUCCUUUGUUUCUGUUCCAACUCUGGCCUGGCGGCCUCGCUAACACUUUUUAUGCCAGGUUUGUGCACCAG